AUGGCGAGAAUGCCUGCCAGCGGAGACACGGAGCAGGAGCAGAUGAGCUGCCCCGAGAGGAGAAGGGAUGAGGAUGACGAGGAAGAGGAUGAAGAUGAGAUCCAGGAGGUCCAGAUAACCGGGGAGGAAGAGGACGAGGACGAGGAGUCCAACAGAGAUGGUGUGGAGCUGGAGUGGGAGUCGGGGAGCACUGUGUUGGACUCCAGCGGUUCCGCCGCGGAAAUACAAGCGGUCGUUAUGCGGAGUAUGGACCGGGGAGAGGAGGAGGGAGAGGCGGACCCCUUCAGCAGCAGCAUCCGCGCUGGGCUGGAAUCUCAACUGGAGGGAGACCUUCAGCGGUCAGAGCGGAACAGACUGAGCGAGAACACCCGCCUGGCCACCCGGUAUGCGGUGAGGAUCUUCAGGGAGUACCUCAGUGAAAAAGCCCAAAGUCCAGACUUUGAAACUCUGGACAAGGAGGCGCUCUGCGCGGUGCUGCGCUCUUUUUACGCGGAGGCGCGCUCCAAAAGUGGACAGUUGUACAGCAAGUCGUCCCUCAUCAGCAUCCGCAGCUCGCUGAACCGGUACCUGAACGAGCCACCCUACUGCCGCACCUUAGACCUUACCAAGGACCCCGAGCUGCGCAGCGCCAACCUGACCCUGGCCGCGGUUAUACGAAGGCUGGAGGAGCAAGGCGCCGGUCCUGUGGUGCAGAAACAAGCCAUCACGCGCUCGGACCUGCGGAAACUCUACGAGUCCUCUGUCUUCAACACCGACACGCCGUUUGGACUGCUCAACAAAGUCUGGUUCGAGACCUGUAUGUAUUUCUGCACCAGGGGCCGAGAGAACCAGCGGGAACUGGAGGAGGACUCGUUCGGCCUGGCCGUGGACGAGGACGGAAGAAAGUUUGUCUAUUUUAAAGCUCUCGGACCGUACCACAAGUCCCGCUCCGCCGCUUGGACCAAGAAGCGUCCGGACUCAGAUGAGGACACCUUGCCGCGGAUGUACGAGACGGGCACGGAGCAGUGUCCAUACGCCAGCUUCGUCCGGUACGUAUCCAAACGGAACCCGCUCUGCAGGGCGUUCUUCCAGCGGCCCCGGGACCACUGCUGCGCGAGCGACGUGACGUGGUACGAGAACAAAGCCAUCGGUAAGAACCUGUUGGGCACGAGGAUGCAGAUGUUGUCGCGAGCUGCCAAACUCUCCAAGACCUACACCAACCACUGCAUCGGCGCCGUCUCCAUAGCAACGCUAAACAGCAUCGUGGGCGCCGCGGGCUCCAGGCCCACGACGACGCUUUACGUUGCCUCGGAAACGGUCAACGGUCACGCGCAGUCCCACCUCCAGCUCGUGAUCCCGUACCUACGCCGGGUCACAGACUCUGCGGAUGUGAAGCCGCAGCGGACAACGACAGCGGCGGCAGCAGCGAACACAGACUCAACAACAGCAACGAGGAGAGUCAGCGCCGAGGAGGACCCGGGGCCUCCUUACGCGAAGAAGCUGUGCGUGCGCCCCGGGGCACGCGCGGAGUCGCCUGAGGAGCGGAACGAGAGCGAGUCUGCGCCUGCGAGAGCUACGGAGCCCCAUAUUCAUACGCAGCCCGCCGUCCGGUUCCCGGUCGCUGCGGCCACACAGCAUCCUGACAGGCUUCUGGCAGUAUCCAGCCGUCCUGAGGCUGCAGCUAUGAUUCCAAACCAGCAUCACUUCUCUAAAACUCUGAGCCAAGGCACACCAGCAAGUUCACAGGAUGUCACAGGGUACAGUGUGAUUGGCUCUUUGCAUAAGAAGGAAAGCCCUGACAGCGGGAGUGGCAGCAGCAGCAGCAGCAGCAGCAUGUCGAGUCAGCAGCUAGUCUCUGUGUCUUCUGUGUCUCCUUUGGGCUCUGCUGGUAUCCCCAUGCCAGCACAGCUCACCAAAACCAACGCACCUGUCCACAUUGACGUAGGAGGACACAUGUACACCAGCAGUCUGGCCACCCUCACCAAGUACCCUGAGUCACGGAUCGGUCGUCUGUUUGAUGGAAGUGAACCCAUCGUGCUGGACAGCCUGAAGCAGCAUUACUUCAUUGACCGAGAUGGACACAUGUUCCGCUACAUACUAAACUUUCUCCGGACCUCGAAGCUCCUCAUCCCCGAUGACUUCAAAGAAUACUCCCUGCUGUACGAAGAGGCCGGUUUCUUCCAGUUGGCUCCUCUGCAGACUGAGCUGGAGCGCUGGAGGACAGAGCGGGAGCGCGGGAGCGUGUGUCGGGAGUGCGAGUGUGUCGUGGUUCAUGUGGCUCCGGAGCUCGGAGAGAGGAUCAACGUGAGCGCCCACCGGGCCGUGAUUGAGGAGGUUUUCCCCGAAGUCAGAGACAUCACGUCCAACUCGCUGAACACCAGCUGCAACCAGGAGUCCACACACAUCAUUCGCUUCCCGCUCAACGGCUACUGCCACCUCAACUCUGUGCAGGUGCUGGAGCGGUUACAGCAGAGAGGGUUCUGGAUCGCAGGUUCAUGCGGCGGUGGAGUGGACUCUUCUCAGUUCAGUGAAUAUAUCCUACGGAGGGAGGGUCGGGGCAGCCAGCACCAGCCCCCCACCCUCGUACGAAUCAAACAGGAACUCAUGGACUGA